GCUCCCGAUGCUGUGAAGACCCAACCAGUGGACCGAGUCGGAAGGUGGGCCUUCCUCUCCUGCGGCCCCUCCCCUUCCUCACCCUCAGCCAAUCCUAGAUUCAAACCACAGCCCAGUUUCCCAUAGAUACUUUCUUACUGCUUUGGUCCUUCAAGAUCACAUAGUUCCAUCAUGGUAAACAAAACUCAGAUUGUUGCAUAGUAAGAAAAAGCUGUGAGAGAGAAAAAGCUGUGAGAGAGAAAAAUCCACUAGGCCUAUUUGUUGGUGUUGUUUUGGAGAAAAUAAGUAAGGCAAUAGAUAAAAUUAGAGAGAGUGAAGAGGAAGCGUUGAACACGACUGGUUGAAAGCUAUUUUUGCCGAAGAAAAAAAGCAACGAUUUCUCUUUUUAACACUGUCAUUUCAGUGAUGAGAUUAACAGGCUCAAACAGAAGCUCGCAUGCAAGUGAGGUAACAGAUUGACAUUCUGUCCACGAAUCACACAUACACGCACUUUGACCUACGGAACCCCUGCACACAGGGCUUUUGCGUAAACAAGCACUCCUAACAUAGACGUUUUCUCCUGGAGCCCACCACACUCUCUCCAGUCUCAUGAUGAUGUGUGAGGUGAUGCCCACCAUUUCGGAGGACGGGCGAGGAGGAGGCCCCUCCUCUCCUGGGGUUGGGACUGGGAUUGGAGGCCCUGGUGGGGCCAUGGGGGGAGGGGGCUACGGUGGCCGAGGGGAAUCCAGGGGCGGGGGUGACGAGGGAGGCAGCACAGGGAACCUGGAAUCCCUGAUGGUCAACAUGCUGACCGAGAGGGAGAGGCUGUUGGAGAGCCUGAGGGAGACCCAAGACAGCCUUGGGACGGCCCAGCUACGCCUCAGAGAGCUGGGCCACGAGAAGGACUCCCUCUCGAGACAGCUGUCCAUCGCCCUGCCACAGGAGUUUGCUGUGCUGACUAAGGAGCUGAAUGUUUGCCGGGAGCAGCUACUGGAGAGGGAAGAGGAGAUUGCUGAGCUCAAGGCGGAGAGAAACAACACACGUUUGCUACUAGAGCACCUGGAGUGUCUUGUGUCUCGUCACGAGCGCAGUCUGAGGAUGACGGUGGUGAAGAGGCAGGCCCAGUCCCCGGCGGGGGUCUCCAGUGAAGUGGAGGUCCUCAAGGCCCUCAAGUCCCUGUUUGAGCACCACAAGGCUUUGGAUGAGAAGGUUCGAGAGCGACUCCGUGUGGCCCUUGAGAGAGUGACCCUUUUGGAGGAUCAACUACAAGCGUCCGCUCAAGAGGUGAUCUCUUUAAGAGACCAAAUUAAAAGACGACAACAAGGGUUGGACGGCGGGAAAGACCGCCUACCCAAUGGACCCUCCUCUGGAUUGGACGACGGUGAGAUCGACAGACAGAGAGAAACGGAGAUAGAGCGACAGAGAGCCGAGCUCUCCCAGCUGAAAGAAAGAUUGGCCCUUAUGUGUCGACAGGUUGGGGAAAUAGAGGAACAGCUUGCAGCCGCCAGGAGGGAAGUGACGAAGUCGGAGGAGGCCAAUCAGAAGCUCCAGAGGGAUGUGAAGGAGGCUCUGUGCCAAAGGGAGGAUAUGGAGGAGAGGAUCACUACAUUAGAGCGCAGGUACCUCAGUGCUCAGAGGGAAGCAACCUCUCUACAUGACGUCAAAGACAAGCUGGAGAAUGAGCUGGCCAGCAAGGAGUCACUGCACAGACAGAGUGAGGAGAAGAACAGGCAGCUCCAGGAGCGUCUGGAUGACGCCAAGCAGAAGCUCCAGCAGACCCUGCAGAGGGCCGAGACACUGCCCGAGAUCGAGGCCCAGCUCGCCCAGAGAGUGGCUGCCCUCAACAAGGCAGAGGAGCGCCAUGGGAACUUUGAGGAGCGACUACGACAGAUGGAGGCACAACUUGAAGAGAAAAAUCAGGCAUUGCAGAGGGCAAGGCAGAGAGAGAAAAUGAACGACGAACACAACAAACGCCUCUCGGACACGGUGGACAAGCUACUGUCCGAGUCCAACGAGAGACUGCAGCUUCACCUCAAAGAGAGAAUGGCUGCCCUCGAGGAGAAGAAUUCCCUGUCAGAGGAGCUCGCAAACAUGAAGAAAAUCCAAGAUGAUCUGCUAGCGAACAAGGACCAGCUCAUAGCUGAGCUGGAGAGGAUUCAGCUGGAGCUGGAUCAACUGAGGGGCAGGCCUGGCUCUUCCUAUUCCAGGUUAGCCACAAUGGAGCUUCAAGGAUCUCUUCCAGGGAGUGCCUCAGAGCUCCGUUACCCCCAGGGUGGUGGCUCCCUCCCAGCCGGCUACGGCAGCUCCUCCAGUGGCGUGGUGGUCCGGAGGGCACACCGCGGCCGAUGGGCUCCCCCCAGGGAUGACAGCAACAAGUAUGGAGAGUGGGACAGUGGCAACAUGCUGGGUCCCGGGUUCGAGGGGGGAGUCGAGGGGGGCUGCUCAGAUGACGAGGACGACAGGGAGACCCUGUUUGGCUCGGAGCUGCUCUCGCCCAGCGGACAGACAGACGUGCAGACCCUUGCCAUUAUGCUGCAGGAGCAACUGGAGGCCAUCAACAAGGAGAUCAAGCUGAUCCAGGAGGAGAAGGAGAGCACUGAGCUGAGGGCGGAGGAGAUCGAGAGCCGGGUGAGCAGCGUGGCUCUGGACUCCUCUCCUCUCCCCCCCUCCUCACUGGGUGGGGGCAGGGACAGCGUGGGGAGGGGCUACAUGACCCCCUCCCUCACCUCCUCCACCCUGGCCUCCCCUUCACCCCCCAGCUCUGGACAUUCCACCCCCCGACUGCCACAUUCCCCUGCCAGAGAAUCAGACAGACAGAACAGCAAAGAGGGCGACGACUGCCGGGCACUAGCCUUGAUUGACUCCACCCCUCCUCCGGUUCCUCGUGCUCUGCGAUUGGAUAGAAUGACUCACACACACCCAGGGGCUGGGCUGGAUGAUCACCGCGAAUUCCGCAGUAGUCAGGACUCUCUCCACAAAGCCAGCAAGAAGAAGAGCAUCAAGUCCUCCAUUGGACGCCUGUUUGGGAAGAAGGAGAAGGGGAGGAUCGGAGGACCUGGGAGUCAGUCUGCCUCUCUGGCCUCCACACCUUCCGAUGACCUGGGCUCAGCUGACCCCCUGGGCCUGGCCAAGAUGGGAACUGGCACCGUGGAGAAAGAUCGCCGCAGCAAGAAGAAGCACGACCUGCUAGAAGAAGCUUGUCGCCAGGGUCUUCCCUUCGCUUCAUGGGAUGGCCCCACGGUGGUUACAUGGCUUGAGUUGUGGGUGGGCAUGCCCGCCUGGUAUGUGGCAGCAUGUCGUGCCAAUGUGAAGAGCGGUGCCAUCAUGGCCAACCUGUCGGACACAGAGAUCCAGCGGGAGAUUGGCAUCAGUAACCCCCUGCACCGCCUGAAACUGCGCCUGGCCAUCCAGGAGAUGGUGUCCCUCACCAGCCCCUCGGCACCGGCCAGCACACGCUCCUCGACGAGUGAUAUAUGGAUGACUCAUGCCGAAAUGGAGUCACUGACCGCUGCCAUAAAACCAGAAGUGAAGGAGUUCAGCUGGGACCAGAUCCUUGCCUAUGGGGACAUGAACCAUGAGUGGGUAGGGAAUGAGUGGCUUCCCAGCCUGGGUUUGCCCCAGUACCGCUCCUACUUCAUGGAGUCCCUGGUGGACGCUCGCAUGCUGGACCACCUCACCAAGAAGGAGCUGAGGGGACAGCUCAAAAUGGUGGACAGCUUCCACAGGGUAAGUCUGCAUUAUGGCAUCAUGUGCUUGAAGCGUUUGAACUACGACAGGAAGGAGCUUGAAAGGAGGAGGGAUGAGAGCCAACAUCAGAACCAAGAUGUGAUGGUAUGGUCCAAUGAGCGAGUGAUGUGUUGGGUCCAGGCCAUUGGGCUAAAGGAGUUUGCAGAUAACCUCACAGAGAGUGGGGUACAUGGGGCCCUCCUAGCCCUGGAUGACACGUUUGACUACACUGACCUUGCCCUGCUCCUCCAGAUACCCAAUCAGAACACACAGGCGAGGCAGAUGCUGGAGAAGGAGUACAAUGCCCUCAUCUCCAUGGGAACUGAGAGAAGACCAGAUGAGGACGGCACUAAGACGUUCACACGCUCGCCCUCGUGGAGGAAGAUGUUCAGAGAGAAGGACCUCCGGGGCGUGACCUCUGACUCCUCAGAAACAUUACCCGCCAACUUCCGUGCCUCCGCCAUCUCCACGCCCUCCGUCACCCUGAGGAAAGUCCAGAGUGAAGUGAACUCUGGGCCCAGGGGUGAGUCGGGGUCAGUGAGAACAUAUUCCUGCUAGAGAUAAGCACAUCAGAGAGUCACCCCCCCCCAAAAAAAAACGUUUUUGAAGAAAAAAAGAUGAAGAUCAUCAACAAAAUGGAGAAUAGAACACAAACAAAAAAGAAUUCCACUGGAAUCCUUGAAGAAACAAGGGCAAUGUGAGAGAAUGAAAAGAUACUCAAAUAGAGUGAAUGUCUGUCUGUCCAUUUCUCUCUCUCUCUCUCUCUCUCUCUCUCUCUCUCUCUCUCUCUCUCUCCACCUCUCUCUCUCUCUCUCUCCCCCUCUCUCUCUCUCUCUCUCUCUCUCUCUCUCUCUCUCUCUCUCUCUCUCUCCCUCCGUCUUAGUCCACAGUUGUGGCAUGAAGCUGUUUGAUGCUGUAAAAAAUGACUCCCAUCGCCCAGUGUGAAGUUCUUCUUCCCUGUGUGAAAUGGGAAAAUUGACACAAUGACUCUUAUUUUUUUUCAUUGGGAUGUAAAACUGCAUUUCCAUUUGGAUCAACAGAAUGAUGACCCUGAUAGAACGUUUCUUUGAUUUGAAUUGUCGAUAGAACAUGCAUACCCUAUCUCAGUAACUUGGUAUUAGGAUUUUGUUUCUCAACCUUUUUCUACCGUGGACAGGCGAGCUAAGGUAUUUCCUUUACUCAGGACCCACAAGCUAUGGUCCUUCUCUUUUGGGGAAGCACUUACAUUAAAACUAGCAUUUGAGUACUCACUAGGGUCAGGUACGGCUAAACAUCUGAGGGAUCGGUGAGAAUCACCAUAGGGACUGCUGUCGGUCCAGGGACCAGAGGUUGAGAAACAAUGUACUGUAUGAAGACAGAGUCAUAAGGGUUAUAAAGUGUUAUGAAGGGAGAGUAUGCGAGGGAAUGAGGGAAUGGAUUCGUAUGUUCUUAAGCCAUAACAGACACCAUGAGAUGAGAAGGACCUUGGACAAUUGAAGUGAAGUGCAUUAUGACAAAAUCCUGUUAAAAAAAGAAAGAGAAAAGAAUUGAACGUUUGUGUUAAUAUGCAUGCCAAAACAAAAACAUAGAGUGAGAGUAAUGAAAUCAAUCAUCUAAUGACGUGAAAACUUGGGUAAGGAAUUUGUAAAAUGGGUGUAUUUUAUUUUUUAUCAUUUUUAAAAAAUGAUAACCUCUAUUGUAUGUAGGUAGGUAAGUGUGUGUGUGUGUGUGUGUGUGUGUGUGUGUGUGUGUGUGUGUGUGUGUGUGUGUGUGUGUGUGUGUGUGUGUGUGUAGUAUGUAUGUGUGUGUACAGUAUGUAUGUAUACAUGGUAUUUUAAUUUCAUACUUAGUUAAGAUUGACUGUAAUUUCAUUUUAGGUUGAAAAGUAAAUACGUUUCAAAUUAUGGACAUUAAGAUAUACUACUUGUAUGUGUACAUUUUGAAAACAAAUUGUGUUAUGAUUUAAACUAAUAUCAAUUAUGAAGAGUAGUGAGGAUAAUUAAAUAUAAUAUGAUAACAAUAAUGAUAAUGAUUGUAAAAGCUGUAAUUAAAAAAGACCUGU